GGACGCGCACGGCGGAGGCGGAGCGGCGGCCUAGGGGGGCAGGCUGCAGGGUGGCAGCCCGCGGCGGGUUCCAGGUAACCGAGGCGCCGCGCAGUGCUGACCUGGCCGCCCGCCGCCGAGCCAUGGAAAUCGGCACCGAGAUCAGCCGCAAGAUCCGGAGUGCCAUUAAGGGGAAAUUACAAGAAUUAGGAGCUUACGUGGAUGAAGAACUUCCUGAUUACAUUAUGGUGAUGGUGGCCAACAAGAAAAGUCAGGACCAAAUGACAGAGGACCUGUCCCUGUUUCUAGGGAACAACACAAUUCGAUUCACCGUAUGGCUCCAUGGUGUAUUAGAUAAACUUCGUUCUGUUACAACUGAGCCCUCUAGUCUAAAGUCUCCUGAUACCAGCAUCUUUGAUAGUAACGUGCCUUCAAACAAGAGCAGUUUUAGUCGGGGAGAUGAGAGAAGGCAUGAAGCUGCCGUUCCUCCCCUUGCCGUUUCUAGCUCUAGACCUGAGAAAAGGGAUUCCAGAGUUUCUACAAGUUCACAGGAGCACAAAUCCACUAACGUCAGACAUUCAUAUGAUGAUGGGGCUUCCACCCGGCUAAUGUCAACAGUGAAACCUCUGAGGGAGCCAGCACCCUCUGAAGAUGUGAUUGACAUCAAGCCAGAACCAGAUGAUCUCAUUGAUGAAGACCUCAAUUUUGUGCAGGAGAAUCCCUUAUCUCAGAAAAAACCUACAGUGACACUUACAUACGGUUCUUCUCGCCCUUCUAUAGAAAUUUAUCGACCACCUGCAAGUAGAAAUGCAGACACUGGUACUCAUUUAAACAGGCCGCAACUUCAGCAGCAGCAAAGCAGUGCCCACACUGCCAAGCAGCUGGAUGGACAGAGCAGCCAGGUGUAUGAAGCAGGACGGUUGUGUGAACCAGAAGUACUUGGCAGCAUAGAAGAUACUUAUAGCCCCUUCUUCAGAAACAACUUGGAUAAAAUGAAUAUUGAGGAGGAAAACUUUCGGAAGAGAAAGUUGCCUGUGGUAAGUUCAGUUGUUAAAGUAAAAAGAUUUAGCCAUGAUGGAGAAGAGGAGGAAGAAGAUGAGGAUUAUGGGACCCGGGUAGGAAGCUUGUCCAGCAGUGUAUCAGUACCAGCAAAACCUGAGAGGAGACCUUCUCUUCCACCUUCUAAACAAGCUAACAAGAAUCUAAUUUUGAAGGCUAUCUCUGAAGCUCAAGAGUCUGUAACAAAAACAACUAACUAUCCUGCAGUUCCACAGAAACAGACACUUCCAGUUGCUCCUAGAACUCGAACUUCUCAAGAAGAAUUGCUCGCAGAAAUGGUCCAGGGGCAAAACAGGGCCCCCAGAAUAAGUCCUCCAGUUAAAGAAGAGGAAGCAAAAGGAGAUAAUACAGAAAAAAUUCAAGGAACUCAACAGAGGCAAUUGUUAUCCCGACUGCAAAUUGAUCCAGUAACAGUAGACACAAUGGAGCUGAGUCAAGAUUACUAUGACAUGGAAUCCAUGGUCCAUGCAGACACAAGAUCAUUUAUUCUGAAGAAGCCAAAGCUGUCUGAGGAAAUAGUAGUGACACCAAACCAGGAUUCGGGGAUGAAGACUGCAGAUGCCCUUCGGGUCCUUUCAGGACACCUUAUGCAGACACGAGAUCUUGUACAACCAGAUAAACCUGCAAGUCCCAAGUUUAUAGUGACGCUGGAUGGUGUCCCCAGCCCCCCAGGAUACAUGUCAGAUCAAGAGGAGGAGAUGUGCUUUGAAGGAAUGAAACCCGUAAACCAAACUUCAGCCUCAAACAAGGGACUCAGAGGCCUCCUCCACCCACAGCAGUUGCAUUUGCUGAGCAGGCAGCUUGAGGACCCAGAUGGUAGCUUUUCCAACGCCGAGAUGACUGACCUGAGUGUGGCACAGAAACCAGAAAAACUUUUGGAGCGCUGCAAGUACUGGCCUGCUUGUAAAAAUGGGGAUGAGUGUGUGUACCAUCACCCCAUUUCACCUUGCAAAGCCUUUCCCAACUGUAAAUUUGCUGAGAAAUGUUUGUUUGUGCAUCCAAAUUGUAAAUAUGACGCAAAGUGUACUAAAGCAGAUUGUCCCUUCACUCACAUGAGUAGAAGAGGUCCAGUACUGACUCCAAAACCAGUGUCGUCACCAGCGCCAUCUUCUAAUGGCCAGCUCUGCCGUUACUUCCCUGCCUGUAAGAAAAUGGAGUGUCCCUUCUACCACCCCAAACACUGUAGGUUUAAUACCCAGUGUACAAGACCAGAUUGUACGUUUUAUCACCCCACUAUUACUGUGCCACCAAGACAUGCCUUGAAAUGGAUUCGACCUCAAACCAGUGAAUGAUGCCCUAGUCCUACCUGGCAGAAGAUCAUGCAGUUUGAAAGCUUCCAUCUUCUGAUGAGAGAUGUUCUACAGAACUUGUCACGUCUUUGAAAUUUAGAAUAUAUUGCUUUCAUAAUAUGAAUUUUACUGCCCAACUGAAGUGUCUAAUUUUUCAAAUUUGUAAGUUUAUUAAGUGGUUUCAACCUUUUUUGUUUGUUCGUUUUGACUAUGAAAAAGACAGUUUAAAGAAAAGCCAAUUCUAUUAAACACUGCGGCAUGUUUGUACAUUGCUGUUGAACAUCAUUUUUGGUAAUGGUGCUGCAGCUUAGGGCUGUGGUGCUGUGGGAGGGCCAGUGUCCUCAGAGCUGAAGCACUUUUUACUUUCCCCAAAGAUAAUGCAGUGUCUGUAACCCAGCGUGGAAACAGUGGCCAGACUUUGAAACUGAGGCAGCUUUGGAACAACUAGUUUAAAUUUUCUUUUUAAUGUCUGAAUGAAUUUGCUCCGAGAAGCAUAAUACAGACUUUUAAUUUUGAGUGCUACUUUGGUAGAGUGGACUGAGGUCCCGUGCCUUUCUGAAAGUAAGUAGUGACAUGGUCAUAUAGGGUAAACAUAGUUGGAAUGACAAUGCAAAAAUGGAUGAACAAUUCUUUGAAAUGCUCCCAUUUACUAUUAGCUUAUAAUUUUUAAAUAGUUUUGGAGGGACUACAUUAUCACAAAAUUAUACAAAAAUUUUUACAGGCAUAUGUACAGGAAGUAUCAGAAAACAGACUUUGAACGCACAAGAAUAAAAAUAUACAUAUAUGUUCCCAUAUUCUGAAAAAUAUUGUCAGAAAUAAAUCCACAGAAAAUAUACUUAUGUUACUACUAAAGAUCAUUCUUGAAAUGUAGAAGUUGAGAUUUAAGUGGUAUAUUUUAAAUGACAGAACUAUAUAAUUGCAGAGAUAGUAAGGGUAAACUUCACAAUAGGAUGAACGUUGGCCUACUGUAUUAUGGAGUUUUAUGUGUGGUUUUGAAACUGUUAAGGCAAGAUGUGUCAUGUUUUAGAAUUAAAUAACAGACAACUGAUUUCAAAAACUUGUUUUAAAAAUUAAAGUGUAAAAGGUGGUUAGCAAAGGGGAUAAUAAAAGUUCAAACAUUUUGAGGACCAAAUUUAACUGUUAAGAUACAAUAAAGUCACAUCUAUAAAAGUCUGUGUUUAACAAUGUGAA